AUGCUGCUACACAUGAAACUAUAUGUACAGGUACAUCUCCUACACACAGUUCAAUAUUUACUGAACAUUGUGGACUUCAAAUCAUCGGAACACUUGUUUUUACAGCUAUUGGUGUGGGAGCUGUUCAAGCAAAUAUGGCUGUAUUUGGAGCCGAACAAAUUCAAGCAUCAAAAGUGACAUCAAGAUAUUUCUAUAAAUAUUUCAUAGCUGUAAAUAUAGGUGCUGUUAUUGCCACAUUAUCUAUUCCCUUAGUUCAAAAUGAUUCAGAUAAUAUGACAAAAGCGAAUAGUUAUUUUUAUGGAUAUCUUAUUGCAUUAUUUACGCUUAUUAUUUCAGCUGGAUUAUUUCUUAGUGGUUUUCAAUAUUAUAUUCAUGUACCUCCAUUUGAUUCAGUCAUAUUGAAAUGUAUUCCAAUAACUAUAAAUGCAUAUCAAACAUGGUUUAAAUAUCGUGUUAAUAAUAAUGAUAAUAAUAAUCAAAGAAGAGAUGGAUAUCGUGGUUUAUGGAAUAAUCGAAAUUCGAUUAGUCAAGAAGAUUCAUCGUUUCCAGCUGAACAAGCACUUUCAUUUCUUGAUUAUGCAAAAGCAGCUAAUAAUGGUAAAUAUCCUGAUCGAAUUGUUAAUGAUGUUAAAGCACUUCGAACAGCUCUUAUUGUUUACGUUCUACUUAUUCCAUAUUGGAUUAUUUAUUUUCAAAUUCAAAUAACAUUUCCAUUACAAGGUCAACAAAUGUAUAUACCAAUUUUACAUGAUAAUGAUAAAAUACCUAUUAGUUGGAUGUCACUUGGUGAUUCCGUAACAAUUAUUAUUGGUAUUUCAAUGUUAGCAGUAUUUGUUUAUAAAUGUUUGAAUGCUCCAAAACGAAGAGUUUCAAUAAGAGUUAAACUUAUUACGGGAAUGAUUUUAGCAUCAUUAGCUAUGUGUAUUGCGGGUACAAUUGAAAUUUUUCGACAACAAAAUUGUGUUUUAGGAAAAAGUGAUUCAAGUUUGAGUAUAUAUGCUCAAUUACCACAAAAUAUAUGCAUGGGUCUUGCUGAAAUAUUUGCUACUGUGGCUAGUCUUGAAUAUGCUUAUUUAGCAGCUCCACGUUCAGCUCAAUCAUUAUUAAUGAGUUUGCAAUUUUGUUUACUAGGUUUCUCAUCAUUUCUUGCCAAGGCAUAUUUUUCAAUAUAUUCAACGACUACUAGUAAAUUUGAUUUUAGUUGUCUUGAUCUUAAUAAAUGGACGUAUACAUUGUAUUUCUUUGUUCUUGCUGGCCUUCAAAUACCUUUUAUAAUUAUUAUUUUUAUAUGUGAUAAAAAAUUUAAAAUACUCAAAUUAAAUCCACAACAUACAGAAACACAACAAUUUCAAACAAGUUAA